GCCCCCUCGGAACCCCCCCGGAGCCUCCCCGGUGCCCUCCCCGUGGCCCCCCAUGGCCCCCCGGUAGGGCGAGGCCCGACCAUCCAUCCCCCCCCGGAGCAGUGAUGGGAACGUCCGUGGGCUGAGCCCCCCCAGCCCCGCGGUGACGCCCAGACGGGACCAACAUGGAGCCCUGAGAGGAGGCGCCGCCGUGGGAUGGCGAAGCUGCUGGUGCCGCUGGUGGUGCUGGGGGCGGUGGCGGGCGGGGCCCCCCCGGCCGCCCCCCGGUGCCCCCCGCGCUGCCUGUGCCCGGCGGCGGCGCCGAGCCCGACGCUGCUCUGCGCCCGCACGGGGCUGCUGGCGGUGCCGCCCAGCCUGGACCGGGGGGCCGUGGAGCUGCGCUUGGCCGACAACUUCAUCGGCGCCGUGGGCCGUGCCGACUUCGCCAACAUGAGCUCGCUGGUGCACCUGACGCUGUCGCGGAACGGGCUGCGCCGCCUGGCCCCCGGCGCCUUCGCCGACCUGCGCGCCCUGCGCGCGCUGCACCUCGAUGGCAACCGGCUGCCGGCGCUCAGCGGGCCCCAGCUCCGCGGGCUGGCCAGCCUGCGCCACCUCAUCCUGGCCAACAACCAGCUGGCCACCAUUGACGCCGCCGCCUUCGCCGCCUUCGCCGCCACCGUGGAGGACCUGGACCUGUCGCACAACAACCUGCCGGCGCUGCCCUGGGACGCCGUGGCCGCCAUGGCCAGCCUGGCCACGCUCACAUUGGACCACAACCUGCUGGAGCGAGUGCCGGCGGGCGCCGUUGCGCGGCUGCCGCGGCUGGCGCGGCUCGACCUCACGGCCAACCGGCUGCGGGCGCUGCCGCCCGUGCCGGGGCCGCCGGGGCCGGCGCUGGCGGCCGGGGGGAACCCCUUGCACUGCAACUGUGAGCUGCUGUGGCUGAGGCGUGUGGCGCAGCCAGGACGCCUGGAGACCUGCGCCACUCCGGCGCCGCUGGCCGGGCGACUGCUGGGCGCCGUGCCCGAGGAGGAGCUCACGUGCCGGGCUCCCGCCGUCACCGCCGCAGCCGCCCACCCACCCGCCGUCACCGAGGGGCAGCCGCUGCGCCUGGGCUGCGCUGCCGUCGGGGACCCCCCACCCGCGCUACACUGGCUGGGCCCCGAUGGGCGCGUGGUGCACAAUGGCUCUCGGCGCUCCGUGGGCGCCGACGGCUCCCUGGAGCUGCGCGUGGCCACCCUGCGCGACCACGGCGGCUUCACCUGCGUGGCUGCCAAUGCCGCGGGAGAGGCGGCCGCACGCGUCGACGUCGUGGUGGUGCCGCUGCCAGUGCCGCGCAGGGAGCGCGAUGGAGACGACCCUGAGCUCGGGCCCGGCCCCUCUGACAUGGCCAGGGCAGGGGGCAACGAGACCUUUGGGGGGGGGGUGCCCGGGGAGCGGCGGGUGGUGGCGGCCGAGGUGACGGGGUCCUCGGCGCGCAUCCGGUGGCUCCCCCAGCGCCACGUGCCCGGAGUCCGGAUGGUGCAGAUCCAGUACAACAGCUCGGCCGACGACGCCCUCGUCUACAGGUGGGGGCUCCUGCGGGGAGGGGGGGGCCCCGGGGGUGGUCCUGGGCUCGGAGGGUCCCGGGCGUUGUUCCCCAGCCACAGUUACCCCCGGCGAGCGCGCCCCCGACGCCACGGCUCCCUCCCGCGGCUGGACGCGCCCGAGGGUACUCCCCUGGGGCCCCCCCUGCGCCCCUCCUUCGGCAGCACCCACUGGAUGCUGGAGAGCACCGUGUGACGGGGAGGGGGGGCGGUUGGACCCCCGCCGGGACCAACCCCCGCCCCUCGUUCGGCAGCAGCCACCUGCUGGGGGGCGGUGGGGGCAAAAGGGGGCUAUGGGGGUGCUGCGGUGGCUCGGGUCGACCCCCAGGGUGUCCUGGUGCAGCUCUGGGUGCUCCUGGGGACCCCCGGGUGGUCCUGGGUGACCAAAGGCGCCCCUGGGUGCUCGUAGGGACCCUGGGGGCGGCCCUGGAGACCCCUCAGGUGCUCCUGGGAGUCCCAACGCCCCCCCGGUGCACCCUUGGGUGCCCGCAUGCAGCCCCGGCCCCCCCGGGGACCCCAUGUGCCAUCGGGACCCCGCAAGUGUCCCCUGGACCCCCCUCCCGCCCUGGGGGCACCUGUAUGCAACCUUGACCCCCCCGUGGGCACCCGGGGGGGGACCCACACCUGGGACUUGUGUGCGCCCCGACACGCGAGGGGUAGUCUGGAAACUUGUUCCCCCUGCCCCCUCCAAGCCCGGGGCAGGACAGCCCCCGGGAAUCUGUGACAAGCGUGUGCCCCCCCCUCCCCCCCCAUUCCUCCACACAGGACACACACCUGGGACAUGUGUGUGCGCCCUAAAAUGUGUGUGCCCCCCCAAGACACGCGUGGAGGGGGUGUCCCCGGAACUCGCGUGUGCCCCCCCUCCCAGCCACGCGUGUGCCCGGCGUGCCCCCCCCGCGGUGCCUUCGGCCGGGCCGGCGGGGCCAGGGGGGCCCCGCACACGCCACUGACAUGUCUGCACAGAUGACACGAGACCCGCAGCCCCCCAAACCCCCCCCGGGGAGGGGGCAAAGGGGGGGGCUCCCAGGAGGCCUGGGCCCCCUCCCCGAUGUGUCCCUUUCCCUCCCCCCCGUGGCCUCUGAACCCCCUCAACUCGGCCCGGGGGCUCCUAUCUGGCUGGUCUGGAUAACCCUGGGGGGGCCCCCCCAGCCCCCCCAUUCUCAUUUCCCCCUUUCCUCGCUGCCCCAACCUUCCCCCCUGUUUGCCCGCCCCCUCCGAAAACCACCACCCCCAGUUUACCCCUGCCAGCCGCCCCCCCGGCCCCCCCCGCAGUGUUUAACACGAGUUUUUACAUUAAAAACCUGUGGCCCCCCCGGGGCAGAAA